CAUCUAUUAACCUUUUAAUAUGAAUGACAUCACAAUUUGUGUAUGCUAAAUUAUGUCCGACCGGGUAGAUACGUUACUGUUGUGGGCAUCUAACCUCCAUACCAUGCAUAUGUUUCAUGCCAGAUUGAGUUGUUGUUGUCGGGCAAGAACAACAAAAACGGGUUUAACAGUUGUUCCUUCUGAGGCAUGCACAGAACAGGGCGAGUUUUGGCCACACCGCUGACACCCGCAGCAUGCUGGUUUAAAACGAGUAACAGACAUUUCUUUUGUUGCUAUGUGAGCCAUUCUGCUGUGAAAGGUUUUUUUCUCUUAUCACAGGCUGCCAAACCCAAAGCUGCAGAGAAAGAUGUGAAGAUUGAGCAGGUUGUAAAUGGUGAAGCGAACACAGAGGGGAAAUCCCUGAUGGAGCAGCUGAGAGGAGAGGCGCUCAAGUUCCAUAAGCCAGGGGAGAAUUACAAGACUGAGGGUUAUGUUGUAACGUCCAACACCAUGAAUUUGCUGAAGAAGCACUUGGAAGAGACUGGAGGACAGGUAUGACCUUACUAAAUGAUG